CCAAAGUUUGCACAACUGUGUCGCUGAUGGAUGGAUAGCUGAUGGACGAAAGUGAGUUUCUGCCUCAUUUACCGCCUAGAUAGCAGAUGGAUGACAUCAAUGUACUGCACCACAGAUGCCUCCUGAAUCUGAGGCGUCGAGUCAGAGAUAUUGGAGAUGGUCGACCAGCACAGGAGCGAUAUAUGAGGCUGCAGAAGGAUGGAGACACACUCAGUUACCAAGGGAACUCUGAAGAAGUGGGAUGCUAUGUGGCUGGCCGGCCUUUAUCAAAAGGAAAUUGCUACUUUGAGGUGACCAUAGUGGACACAGGAGUGAGGGGGACCAUUGCUGUGGGCCUGGUGCCUAAAUUCUACAGGCUGGACCACCAGCCUGGCUGGCUGCCAUACUCUGUAGCUUACCACGCUGACAACGGCAAGUUAUAUAAUGGCAACCCUGUGGGGCAGCAGUUUGGCCCAAAAUGUGCUCGUGGUGAUCGCAUAGGCUGUGGAAUACACUCAGAAAAUAUAGAAGCAGGUAUCACAACAGUCUUUUUCACCAAAAAUGGCAAAGAGGUGGGUUCAGUAGAAGUUCCUGUGUCGGCAGAAGGGCUCUUCCCCGCUGUGGGGAUGCACUCAAUGGGGGAGGAGGUGAAGGUCGACCUGCAGGCCGAGUGGUUCCUGGAGGAGGAUGAUAGUAUGAUGAUGGUUGACAGCCACGAGGAUGACUGGGGUCGACUUUAUGACGUCAGGGUGAGCGGCACGCUUCUGGAGUAUGUUGGCAAAGGAAAGAGUAUUAUGGAUGUGGGUUUGGCCCAGGCCCGACAGCCACUCACCACCCGCUGCCAUUACUAUGAAGUGGAGAUAGUCGAUGCCGGGGAGAAGUGCUACAUUGCCCUGGGCUUGGCAAGACGGGACUACCCCAAGAACAGACAUCCGGGGUGGAGCCGAGGAUCAGUGGCUUACCAUGCAGAUGAUGGGAAGAUCUUUCAUGGCAGUGGGGUUGGAGAUGCUUUUGGUCCUCGCUGUUUCAAAGGUGACAUCAUGGGCUGCGGCAUCAUGUUCCCACGAGACUACAUCCUGGAAGGGGAAGGUGACACAGAUGACUGGGAUCGACUGGACGUCCGCCCAGGUCACGCCAGGGUCCAGAAUGUUCUGUACCUCAACGACGAGGAGGAAGAGGAGGAGGAGGAGGAUGGAGAGGAGGCAGGAGAGCAGGAACAGGAGGGCAGGAAGGUCACGGUGUUUUUCACGAGGAAUGGGAAGCUCAUGGGCCGGAGAGAGAUGGUCGUCCCUCCUGGGGGCCUCUACCCCACCGUGGGGAUGCUGAGCAGCGGUGAGAAGGUGAAAGUGGACCUGCAUCCCCUCAGCGGAUGAGCCUGAUGAGGGCCCGGCCCUGGGGGAGGCGGGGGGCUUGUGACGCUUUGCAAACAGCUGACCUCGCUGUAGAGCUCACCCACGGUAGCCUAGCAUGCUACUAACACUCGCCAGAACACAUUCACUUCAGCUGCACUCAUGCACAUUGCUGUCGUCUUCCUUCCCCGACUUUUAUUUAUGAGACAUUUCACAGCUGUCACGGUGGACAGCCGGCCUCGUGGCUGUAAAGCAGCAGUGACAGGUCCUACGUGUGCUGUGUAGGUUACAGAGUACUCGCUGCAGGAACACACAGCUGCACAUCAAAGUGGAAAAACUCCAGAGAGACAUUUAACUGUUAAUUCUAUGCAAUCUGCACUGCUAUCACCCUUCUCCUCUAACGUCCUCCUGCAUGCAGUGUGUCUCUGUAAUACUGAGCUGUUAAAUCCCUCUCAUGAGGUCUGGCACACUUAGUUUAUUUCAUUUGUCACAACCCCAAGCAAAGCAGAGCGAGGCCAACAGUUGUGCCGAGUCAGAGCUCGUUGGCAGUUUAUGUUUCAGGGAAUAGACACCCCCCUUCUCCACCUCCUCUCUUUUUCUUUGUCUCUCUUUCUCUCUCUUUCCUAACCUCUCCACGUCUUCUCUUUGGGUGAGGGUGCCCUCCUCUGAGCGAUCGGAGACCUGCUGUUGCCCCACCUCGCUCGCUGCUCUCCCAGAGCUGGCUGGAGGUCAGCAGUGGAUCUGUUUCAGUAUCUCAGAUGUGCAUUAACACUCAUUUAUUUGUUUUGUUUUUUUUGUUUUGUGUCUGGAUCACAAGUUCAGUAAACACAACCAAACAUAAGACGCUGCCAGUGUGCAGCACAGACGUUUCCUCAGAGUGGAUGAAGAGCUUUGUGAGUGUUUUAUAGUGAGAUUACAAAUGAGGAAAAAAAAAAAAACAAAAACGUGUCAGGUAUAUUUUCUACGAGGAAUCUGUGAAAUAUACUUUUCAGUUUAUCUUCUACGUCAGAAGUUCAGGGAACGCGAUUUGUUGCACUUAUGUGAAACGGAGGCCGUUAAGGGAAUACAUGCACAUACUCGGUGGACAAAAUAACAGGAACAUCUUCCAGUGAAAUGCUGCCUGAUGCAACACAACACACUACAGCCAUAACAAUAACCACAAACUUUAAAAACAACCAAACAAAAUGCACCUCUGAGGGUAAAACCUACUCUGAAAACCUCACACAGAAGCAUCAGGUGCAGGACGUUUGGAUUAGAUUGCAUCACACUCUACUGUAAUGUGAUAUUUUUACUCCCUCUGCAUGUUUGCCCUCAAUAUGAAGAAUUAUUUACUAUCUUCAUUUUCUUCCCCUCCAUUUUGACCUCAAAGGUUUCAGUGAUAUCGUUCUAAACAGUCUGCUAGUUUCUUUCCCUCUUUGUGAUGUGACAGUAACUAUGAUGGUGUUUAUUUGCUGCGUGUGCCACAUCUGUGUUUGUGUGUGUGUGUGUGGGUGUGUGUGUAGGGCCACCAGCACUUUAAUGAUGUGUUUGUGUGUCUGCACGGUGAGCAGCAGCAGCACUGGGAGUCUGUGUCACAAAGUUAGAUUUCUUUGUGUUUGUGUGACAUCUGAAGCUGGCGUGUUUUUAGCCAGUACAGAGUCCAGGAGUAAGAUCGCGUUUUUCUGAGUUUUAUUUUUUUGCCCAUCUACUGAUUUCAUUUAGUUCAGCUUUAAAUUUUAUUUAAUUUCACGCAGCUUCUUUUCCUGCUUGGUGAAGCUUGCAUCAGUUUCUCAGAUUCAGUCAGAGGGAGAAAAGGUCGCACUUUAGCAAUAUUUUUCAAGUGAUAAAAGGCAGAUGUGGUGACAGACCCAGCAGAGCACUAAAGUUAAAAAUCCGAGUCAGAGAUCACUCCUGGGGGUUUCUUUCUUGACAGCUUGGUGCAAGUCCAAGAAAAUUCACUUUUGCAAUCAGUUUCUCCCUCCAAGCUUUUAAAAUGUUUGCUUUCUUGUUUAAGCUGUAAAAAGUGUUGUGACAGUUGCACAUUAACACUUAGAGUUUAGCCGAAUUGGUGAACGCCGGUUAAGUCGAACUUUGCGACACAGACUCGAGCUGAAACGAUCCGUGCAGGCGUGAUUGUCGAGUUUGUCCUAUCACGUCAGUCGGAGCUGGUUUCCACAUGUUUCUAAUUUACGGUUAAAGGGAGAAAAGUUAUCGCCAUCAUUAUUCUGCAUCAGCUAAACCAAACUGGUUUCCUCUGCAUCUUCCCAUUGCUACAUUUGCAUCCCUGUAAAAUAAACAUUCCUCCUCGCCUUCCUAAAAGGUGCAAACAGCAGGUUUCUUUGGCAUGUUCACAAAUUAAAUCAUCCAUAGCUUCAUGCAGACGGUGAUGCUAGAAAUCUAAUACACAGGGUUAACUAUUAAAUCACAUCUGCUGGAGAGUGUGUGUUUGUAUUUAGUCGUCACGUGUUUGUUUUAGAGCCAAUUAUGUAAAGAUGUAAACAUAUUUUUUUCCUCACAUGCAGGGGUGGAUAGAGACUUAAAGCUAGACAGCGCAAAGAUAUAAACGAGACACCGAUGUGGGGAGUAUUAGCCACAUCUCCAUCCAGGGUUUUGGAGUCACGUAUAUCGAAGUUUACUCAGUACAACGGUUUACAAAUAAAAGCUCCGCAGUUCAACCAAAUUAGAGCUAAACGCAGUGAAAGUUUUGUAGCGUCUACAAACGCACUCACCAAGAAUUUAUGUAAGAAAAAAAAAAAAAUUUGCCUUGUUGAAUUGCACUAUAAUGGCCUUGUUCAUA